AGAGAAGUUGUGCGCUCAUUAAUGUCGGUUGCCGCUGUUGACAGACAGACGCGUGCUCUCAUUCAUACUCUUAUCUCGUUUUUUCCACCCAUUUUAAGGCCACUUAAAUACCCUGAGAAUACCGCUUUCCAGUUCAUGCAGCCAUCAAUAUGCCUGCGUCCACAGUUCAAGAAACAUAGAAAUAGCCCCCAUGCAGUACCAGCUCACAACUCUCGAUCCCUUCUUCUCAACGCGUCCUCUCUCUCAACCCCAGAACAACAAUCCAAUCCUGUCACCGCCAACUUCCCCCUUUACCACCAUAUAUAGCACCUGUCUUUAAUGGCUAGCAGACCAAAUUAAUUGAGCUCUCCCUCUCAUGCAAUAAGCCAACUUCAAACAAAUAGGAUCCAGCUUUCUAUAAAUAUAGUCGUAAGCCAUUUUCUUCUCCUUCAAAGCUCUCUGUUCUGAGCUUCUCUAAUCCUUCAGACGGUAGAUAGCUUGAGCUUCUCAUUGAAAUGGCUACGUUACGACGAUAUUUGUCGGUUAUUGUUGUUCUUUUCAUGUGUUUAACAUCUGGUUGGGUUGUCUUGUGCAUGGACAAGCUUGAUAGCAGCUCGACUUUGGCGGUGCUUUUGGAGGUGAAGAAAUCAUUUGUGGAAGACCCAGAAAUAGUUUUGCAUGAUUGGUCUGAAAGCAACCCAAAUUUUUGUACAUGGGGAGGGGUUUCUUGUGGCUUGGACUCGGUGGAUGGCUCAGUUCAAGUUGUGGGCCUAAACCUUACUAGUUCGUCACUCGCCGGUUCAAUAUCACCCUCCAUCGGUCGUUUGCAAAACCUGCUCCAACUUGAUCUUUCCUCUAACCGUCUCUCGGGUCCCAUUCCACCUAAUCUCUCUGACCUUUCUUUCUUGGAAGUUUUGCUUCUUUUCUCUAACCAGCUCACUGGCCCCAUCCCACCUCAGCUCGGCUCACUGACGAGUCUCCGAGUCAUUCGUCUCGGGGACAAUGGACUCACUGGCCCGAUUCCCUCCUCAUUUGGCAAAUUUGUCGAUUUAGUCACUCUUGGCUUGGCUUCAUGUGCUCUCUCGGGUCCAAUACCCACAGAACUCGGACAACUCGGCCGAGUUGAGAAUCUGAUUCUCCAACAAAACCAACUCGAGGGUCCGAUUCCUGCCGAGCUGGGAAACUGCUCGAGCCUCACGAUCUUUACUGCUGCUCUCAACAGUCUCAAUGGGUCCAUUCCAAAUGAUUUGGGUCGUCUCAAGAAUCUUCAGCUUCUUAACCUGGCCAACAAUAGUCUCUCGGGUGAGAUACCGAUCGAACUCGGUGAACUGGGCCAACUCGACUACAUGAAUCUCAUGGGGAACAAGCUUGAGGGUCCCAUUCCAAAGUCUCUACCUCAGUUAGGCAAUCUACGAACUCUGGACUUCUCAAUGAACAAGCUCAGUGGAGGCAUUCCGGAAGAAUUAGGAAACAUGGGUACGCUAACAAGCUUGGUUUUGUCAAAUAACAAUCUGUCUGGUUCGAUACCAAGAAAUAUAUGUUCCAACACAACCAAUCUGGAGCUCUUGAUGCUAGCAGAGGCUCAAAUUUUCGGUGAAAUCCCAUUGGAAUUGAGCCAGUGUCCAUCCCUAAAACAACUAGAUUUGUCCAGCAACACGCUCAAUGGCACAAUCCCAGAUCAACUUUACGGUCUGCUUAGUCUAACUGAUCUCUUGCUCCACAACAACAGCCUGGUGGGUUCAAUUUCUCCAUUCGUUGGGAACCUCAGUAACCUGGAGACACUGGCACUGUAUCAUAACAACUUGCAUGGAACUCUGCCUAAGGAGGUUGGUAUGCUUGGGAAGCUUGAAAUCUUGUAUCUUUACGACAAUCAGUUGUCUGGAGAGAUACCUUUGGAGAUUGGGAAUUGCUCAAGCUUGCAAAUGAUUGAUUUUUACGGAAACCGUUUCAGUGGCGAAAUUCCCAUCACUAUUGGGAGGCUAAAGCAGCUGAAUUUUCUUCAUCUAAGGGAGAACGAACUUGUGGGUGAAAUUCCCGCCACCUUGGGUAACUGUCAUCAACUGACUAUUUUGGACUUGGCAGACAACAAUCUCACUGGUGGCAUUCCUGUGACGUUUGGAUUCCUUCGAGCACUUGAACAGCUCAUGCUUUACAACAACUCACUUGAAGGUAAUCUCCCUGAUACACUGAUUAAUGUAGCAAAUCUGACCAGAGUGAAUCUAUCGAAAAACAGAUUGAAAGGUAGCCUUGCUGCACUGUGUAGUUCACGUUCUUUUCUUUCUUUUGAUGUCGCACAUAAUGAGUUCGACCAUGAGAUUCCUCCCCAACUGGGAAAUUCACCCUUCCUUCAGAGGCUCGUACUAAGUAACAACCAGUUUACUGGGAAGAUCCCAUGGACGUUGGGAAAAAUCCACGAGCUCUCAUUGUUAGACUUCUCUGGAAACUCACUAACUGGAGCAAUACCAGCUGAGCUUUCAUUGUGCAAGAAGCUGGCAUCUAUUGAUAUGAACAAUAACCUUCUUUCUGGACCGAUACCGACAUGGCUUGGAAAUUUGCCUCUGGAGAAGCUGAUCCUCUCUUCCAAUUUAUUUCUUGGGCCUCUUCCUCGAGAAGUUCUCAACUGCUCUAAACUGCUAGUUCUUUAUCUGAAUGACAAUUCACUCAAUGGAACUCUCUCUUCUGAAAUUGGUGACCUGGAAUCACUUACUAACCUCAACAUCGGUGGGAACCAGUUUUCUGGGCCAAUACCUCCGGCAAUAGGUAUUCUAGGCAACCUGUAUGAACUUCGGCUUUCACGCAACAGCUUUAGUGGUGAAAUUCCAAUUGAGCUUGCUCAGCUCCAGAAUCUUCAAACCAUUCUAGACCUCAGUUACAAUAAUCUCACUGGCCACAUCCCACCUUCAAUUGCAACACUUUCAAAACUUGAAGCACUCGAUCUUUCUCACAAUCAACUUGCUGGAGAAGUCCCUUCCAAAGUCGGGGACAUGAGCAGCUUGGGAAAGCUCAAUCUCUCUUAUAACAAUCUCCAGGGAAAAUUGGACAAGCAAUUCUCACACUGGCCAGCCGAGGCAUUCCAAGGAAAUAUACAACUUUGUGGAAGCCCUCUUGGUAUCUGCAGUGGUGAUGUUAGCAAUCGGCAGUCAGGCUUAAGUGUAGCAUCAGUGGUGGUCAUUUCUGCAAUAUCGACUCUGGCGGCAAUUGGCAUAUUGCUACUUGGUGUCUCCCUCUUUCUGAAACACAAACGAGAAUUCAAAGAAGCCAAUGAAGUGAAAUGUACAUUUUCAUCAAGUUCUUCCCAAGUACAGCGAAGACUACUUCUCUUCCAAAAUGGAGGAGCAAGGCGAGAUUUCAGAUGGAAUGAAAUCAUGGAAGCCACAAACAAUCUAAGCGAAGAGUUCAUCAUCGGGUCAGGAGGUUCUGGAAAGAUUUACAAAGCCGAAUUGUCCUCGGGAGAAACAGUAGCAGUAAAGAAGAUACUGAGGAAAGAUGAUCUUCUACUAAAUAAAAGUUUCAUAAGAGAGUUGAAGACGCUUGGUAGGAUAAGGCACAGGCAUCUAGUGAAGUUGAUGGGUUGCUGCAGCAACGAAGGAGCAGGUUUGAAUCUGCUGAUAUACGAGUACAUGGCUAAUGGAAGUGUAUGGGAUUGGCUGCAUGGACAACCGCUGAAUAGCAAGAAGAAAACCACCCUUGAUUGGGAGGCAAGGUUAAGGAUUGCUAUGGGAUUAGCUCAAGGAGUGGAAUAUCUUCACCAUGAUUGUGUACCAAAGAUUAUUCACAGGGACAUCAAACCAAGCAAUAUCUUGCUAGAUUCCAACAUGGAGGCACAUUUGGGCGACUUUGGGCUUGCGAAAGCACUAGCCGAGGAUUAUGAUUCUAACACAGAAUCAAAUACAUGGUUUGCUGGGUCCUUCGGCUACAUGGCACCAGAGUAUGCAUAUUCAUUGAAGGCAACAGAAAAGAGUGACGUUUAUAGCAUGGGUAUUGCGCUUAUGGAGCUUGUCAGUGGAAAAAUGCCAACAGAUGGUGCUUUUGGUGUGGAUAUGGACAUGGUGAGAUGGGUGGAGACACAGAUUGAGAUGCUAGAUUCUGCUCGUGAGGAAUUGAUCGAUCCUGCUUUGAAACCACUCUUGCCUGGUGAAGAAAGUGCAGCCUUCCAAGUGCUUGAAAUAGCUCUUCAGUGCACAAAAACCACCCCACAAGAAAGGCCAUCUUCCCGGCAAGCAUGCGAUCUCCUUCUACACGUGUUCAACAAUAGGAUGGUGGACUUUGGAAAGAUGAAUACAGAUCCUUACAUAUAAUUUUAUUAGUGGACUGAGGAAAUUAGACCAGCUUGCGCAUGUACGUUGCCUACAUGAAUAUCAAUUUAGCACUCUUUAAGAUUGGUGGUUUGAGAAAAUUGGAAAUAUAAAUGUAGAGGUCCAACAUUCUUUAUUGGCUUAA